AUGUCGAAUUCUUCCUUCUGGUCACCGAAAGAAGGCACCACACCUGACUUACUCUGCGGGAGGCCAGUUGGUUUCCUCACCACGAAGGACCGUUUCAUGAUGCUUAUAUGUGGCACUCUUGUUUUGGGAGGAUUCUCGAGGAUGUUUUUCAAGAAUUCUGAAGUCAUUGUCUUGACCAUUCUUUCUGUAUCAGGAUUUAUAAUAGGACAACUGGCUUACCAUUUUAUUGAGGUGUAUCCAGUUGUUUACCCUCUUCUAAGAACACCAAGUUUUUCGCUUUAUUCUUAUUUUUUGCCUUUAAUUGUAUUUGUGGCUGCUUUGGAUGUGGAUUUUUAUAUAGUCAAGAAUGUGUUUUGGCAGGUUUUGUUAACUGGAUUUAUUAGCUUUUUUAUAUCAUUCAUCACAAUUGGAUAUGUGAUUCUGAAAUUCAAUUCGGAGUCAUGGGAUUUUCAAUCUUGCUUACUCUUGAGCAUCACUCUCAGCAUUACGGAUCCCCUUCAUUCUGUGAGCUCACUGAAAACUCUUGGCCUUUCUAAAAUGUAUAUUGACAUGAUUAGAGGAGAAUCAUUGAUCAUUUGUAGUGUUGCCUGCAUUUUUUUUGGAAUUUUUCGGGUCAGCUCAGAACAGCUUACCAUGUUUACAGAGUUACAUAUCAUUGUGGGACUCAACUUGGACAUUUUUGGAAGCAUAAUCUGUGGAUACUGGUGUGCAAGAGUCAUCCAGUUUAUAUUGACUGACAUUUUUAGCAAUACACUGACCAAUGUCAUCCUGUGCUUUUCAAUGGUGUAUAUGACUUUCUACGUGGUGGAAUAUUUUGGAAUGUCAGGCAUUGUGGCUUUGGCCACUGUAGGACUGAAUUUAGAUUCCUUAAGCUUCAAGCCCAGGAUGGAGUUCAUAAUCACGAAGUUCUUGAUCAUAUUUUCCUCUAUGUACCACCAUUUGAUAUACACUUUCUUCGGCAUCGUGGUUGGAUGUGGAGAAAUGAAGUAUUUUAGUUUCCACACCGUAGUUUUCAUUUUCAUCUUAUUUGUGACAGUGAAUUUUGUAAGGAUGCUUACUGUUAUUUUUGUGACCCCGAUUUUGAUGCAUUCCAGUUAUGAGUACAGUUGGCGAUGGGGAGUUGUCAUCACGUGGUCUGGAAUUAAAGGAGUUUUUAGCUUACUUUUGUCUCCUGAUAUUUAUAAUCUGGCUGAUCAAAAAGUAGCGGCACCACAAAUGUUUAUUUUCUACGUACAAGUGAUAUCGUUAUUGACUAUGGCAAUAAAUUCAUACAUGAUGACUUUCUCGGCUAGGACUUUAGGUUUUUGUGCCAUUUCCCUCCCAAGACAAAUGGCCAUGCAAAAUGCCAUUCAGCACAUUCAGGAGAUAAUACAGAACACAACCACUUUAUACAAGACCGAAAAGAUGUUGACAAAUGUCAACUGGACUUUAGUGGAAGAAAAAGCGAAGAUCGAAUACAUCAUUCCGUCAAAUGCUGUUCCACUUUCCCAUGUUGUACAUGAUGAUGAAACAGAGCAGUCCCCGACAGAUGAAGUUUUAAUAGAAGAAGCCAGAUUGCACGUGGCGAUAAUACAAAUGAGUAGCUUUGAAAAGCAGUGUAAUGAUGGCAUCCUUGGAGUAGAGGCAGCCCGGAUAUUAAUUGGUGCAACGAAAAGCUAUUGCCCCAUCCAAGGAAAAUUCAUGAAUAUUCAUGAUGUUUCAACUUACGUAAGAGCUAGAAGUUGGCUUAUAAAGUUUAAAAACAUGUUAACUUACUUGGAAUAUCAUAGAGAAAAGGGACGUUUUAUUCUACCUGGGAGUAAUAGAUUUCUGAUUUUUGUAUAUCACCUUGUAUUUUCAGAAGAAUUUGAAUAUGCAGGACAUAUUAAGACAUUAUUGUAUAUUUAUCCCAUGAUAAUACAUUUAUGGCCAAUGGCAAGAGAGUUAAAUGUAUCAGCACUGAUAUCAAUGAACCACUAUUUUAUAUUUUUAUGUGCGUUAGAAUCAACUUUGAAGUUAAUUAUUCUGAAAAGGAACUAUUUUAAACAACAUUGGAAUACUUUGGAUUUUUUAAUUUUGCUUAUUGGGCUCGUGGAUAUCUUUUGUAUAUACUUUGUCAGACUAAGAACAAGCAACUUGUUCCUUAUCCAGCUCACAGUGGUGAUGGGAUACUUAAGAAUAAUUAGGUUUCUUCCUAUCUUCAAGUUAGCAAUUCCAAUGCUGAUAAAUAUUGUAGAUGUGCAGGUCAAAAAACACCUCAGCUUGAUGUACAAUAUUACCAAAGGCUAUGUCAAAAGUCAAGAAGAUGCUGAACUUUUAAUGAAACAAAUUUCUGGCCGUAAAUCAAUAUAUAAGAAAUUAUAUGAAAUUCUGGAAACCAACAAAAGAGAAGCUAUCAAAGAGCUAGGACUCAUAGAGCAUGAAGGCCGUGAUGUUGUCAUUGCUCUGAAGACUAAGCAGGCGAUCCGGAACGUGGUGGCUAAAGCUCUGAAGAAUCUCACCUUCCUCAGGUCGAGGGGCAUCAUCGACGAACACGAGGGCAUCGAGAUGAAUAAGGUACUUCUUAUGAAAAUAAAAGCACUGAAUCAUUUUCCAAUGGCAAUCCCACCCCCUACUCCUGACAAGUACCUUCAUAAUAUCAUCUGGAUGGAAAAUAAAGAUGUCCUCAUUGAGUUCUUCAAGGAAAGAACCAAACUUGCCUAUUUUGAUUACGGAGAUGUCAUUUGCAGAGAAGGGGAAAUGCCACAAGGAAUCUACUUGAUAAUUUCAGGAAUGGCAAGUCUGCAUAGCUCGUCUCCUACCUUUGGGAUAGACAGUAGCCUGAAGCCGAAUAAAGGGUCCAAAACCAUGUUCACAGAGUACUGUACCAGUGGGGACGUGCUGGGGGAGCUGAGCUGCCUGCUGAAGCGCGAGAUGGAAUACACCGCCGUCUGCGAGACCACGCUACAGGCCUUCUUCAUCUCCCUGGAGGACCUCUAUGAAGGCUUCGAUGUCUUCUGGCCAUCCCUGGAAUAUAAGAUCUGGCUGAAGCUGGCCCUCAAUACUGCCUCUCAGUACUUUGAAUCGAGUCUCGCUGACGAGGACUUAAGGUUUCAGAAGUGUGUGAUGCUCAAUCAUGCUUACGUGGAGACUUUAUCAAGCUACAAUGAAAUGACUAUCGAUAAUAUGGCCAUGAAGUUUGUCAUCAUCGUGUUCGGCAGCGUAAUUGAUAGCAAGACGGAGGAACCGUAUUUGGCACCUUGCAUCAUUCCUAAAACCUGUGAGCAGAUUCAGGGAACUGCAGAUGUAAGCAAGCUGUUGGUCAUCCAAGCAUCUGAGCCGACCAAAAGUGAUGGUAACACCAAUGUCAUGGGCAGCACUGUGUUUAGGGAACCCCCUCUGCAUCUGGGUCGACUCUCCARGUUGGCCCUGAGAUGA